ACCAGUUCAGAAUAUGAGUGUGUUUUCUUAGGAUUGGAUUCCGGUGCCAGGGAAAGGUUCCCUGACUCUCCGUGUUCCUCUUCACCCAAGGACGAAGAGGAGGUGGUUGGAAGUGUCAUGACUGUCUCAUACCCUAAACCCUCCACCUCAACCCAGGCAGCAUGGGCAGCUCCUGCCCAGACUCUGGAAAAAGAGGUGGGGGGGGCUGAGGUCUCCGAGAUGAGUGACAGCUCCCUGAUGCCCACCAAGAACAGGCAGGACCCCCUGGAGAAGAUUCCCUCCCUCCUACCAGGCAAGGAGCACAUCCUCCUUUGCAGCACUCCCUGGGCCACCGUCAUGAGCCCCCAGACUCUGAAGUUUAUUCUCCACGGCAUCAUGUGCCGACUGGAGGCCUCAGAGUCCCCCCAGACAAGGAGGGCCAAUGACCCCUUCAGGCUGAUGAAGGAUCUCUUUGUGGAGGUCCAGCAUGCCCUGAAGUAUGCUGACAUCUCUGUCGUCUUUGGCCUGGAGGAGAGCAUCCAAUUCAGUGGUGAGGAUGCGGUGAAGGUCAUCGUGAAGACUGCGGCUAAAAGAUUGUCCCUGCAUUCGGACUCCAACCGGGCUCAACAGCGUGCCGCACGCUCUGGUAGCGAGGGAGCCAUCAGGUGCAUGGCGGACACCAUCACACAAGUCAUAGAGGACUGGAGUUUCGAAGGCCAUUUUGGAGCCAGGAGGAGCCGUGGUAGUGGGAGGUCACACUCCUCAACCUCCUCAAGGAGUGACGUCACCCUCACCGAGGAGCUCCUGGCUUGGAGGGAAACCCUAGAAGAGGACCUAGAGGAGAUGGCUGAUGACAGCACUGGUUUGGAAAAGACCAGUGUGAGCUCAGCCAUCUCUGAGAAGUCCCAGGUAAUUAGCUACCUUUCUGAAAGCACCAAGCCCAUCAGCAGCGCCCUCUCCACAGACCUCGAGGACAUCACCUCCACACAGAAAAAAGAGAAGGAAGAGGCUAUGAAAAAAGAAGUGAGGAAGUCAGGAAAUAAGAAGCGAGGAAAUAACAAGAACCAGAAGAAGAACAAGGUGUCUCCUCUUGGCAAUGAUAGUAAGUCCUCAUUUCUGUACUGUGGCUGCAGAUGA